GUGGAACAAAUAGAGGCGGAAUUCCGAUUGAAGGCGCGAGAGUUUCAUCCAGACAAAAAUGAUAAUCCGGACUCAACAUUUCAAUUUCAAGCCAUCAACCGAGCUAAACAAGUUCUAACAGAUCCGAAACUUCGACGGCAGUACGAAUGCUGGAAGUCAAGCGGUUUGAACAUUCCAUUUGAGCGGUGGUUACUUCUGAAGGACCAGUUCCAUACAUGCAUGCAUUGGUGUGCAGUGUCCAAUAGCGCUGAUAAGAUGUUACCACCUGCGAAUGUGUCAAGUGGUCAUGGUCCAUUCGCUGCGAUAGAAGAGCAUAAUCCUUCCAAUAGUCUUCUCUCUCAGUUUCGUGCUUAUAAAAUCUGA